AUGGACGACGGAUCGCUCGUUGCGGACGACAAGUUGCUCACGGGCACCCUCAAGUUGGACCAUGUAAACGACACUCCUAUCGAAUAUGAUUCAAACAAUAAUCUAGUUUCUCCCCUCGACGCUCCCAAAGGCGCGGUUAUGGGGCAAAACGACCUUGAUCAGGUCCUUCGCGCGCAAGAAAACGAAAACGACGCGCUCCUGCAGAGCCCAGUCCGACGUGUUGGCGCUGCAAACGACCCGCAGGCAACAACCCUCAGGGAGCCCCAGAGCAGCUGCUAUCGUGUUACAACUGUGGAAGAAGUGAGCAUCCAUCGUGCACCCACAAGAAUGGCAGCUGGACGAGGAGUUGGGAAUGGGUUUGCGACGCGUGCAAGCAAUGUCAGAUAUGUCAACAAGUGGUGGCACCUCUCGUGCUUGCUCGCAACAGGAUAUGAGGAACCUCCAGAGUUGCCAAAUUGUCCGGAAUGCAGACCAUCGUCCUUGGAUGCAAGCAAGGCUCCUUCUGUCAUCAUGCAGGAACAAGACCAAGCUCCUGCAGCCACUGUCUCUUCGGGAACAGAUUCGCUUCCCAAUGGUACGGCGCAUGCACGUCGAAAAUCGCGAAAGCAGGAUUCCAUAUCAUCCGUCACACAAAGACCUGCUAGGACAUCCAACACUCUCAGCAAAGCUGUUUCUCUGCCCACACUUCCAAAGCAUGUGCCGCCCCCGCAAAAGGUCGUCGUCACGCCGCAGAGGGCGACGGGAUCACCCAAGGCGAAAGUCCAACCUCGAAUAAGCCUACGGCUUCCUCCUAAGAACAAGGCGGAAGAGUCGCCGAAGCGUCGUGCAUUCGAGGAGAUUCUCGGUGCCGAAGAAGCCGACACGACCAAGACUUCUAUCACAGAAGAGGACAAGGCGCGUUUCGAAACUAGUAGGGCCAGCGCAGAGGAGCGACUAGGCGUGCCACUCGUCCCUCCUCCGGCUACUCCAAUGGGAUUCAUGACACCGGUCAACCAGCCUCAGACACCGACUGCAGGAGGAACGCCAAAACCCGCCGCAUCAGAAACAUCCAAAGGUGCACGACUUCUCAAGACUGCCCUCUCAAAAGCACACUUGAUCCCGAACACGACCUUACCAUCAACACCUAAAAGCUCCUUUCCUGGCUUUUCCAGUGUCUUGUCUACUGGUCCUCCCCCUCUUCGAAUACGGACGAUUCGUAUUGGCGCAUUUGAAGUUGACACAUGGUAUGACGCGCCCUUUCCAGAAGAAUACGCAGCGGUACCGGACGGAAAGCUCUAUAUGUGCGAAUUCUGUUUAAAAUACAUGCGAAGUCCGUUCGGAGCCGAACGACAUCGGACAAAGUGUACCAGUCGGCAUCCGCCCGGAGACGAGAUUUACCGUGACGGCAGUAUCUCAAUAUUCGAGGUUGACGGAAGACUCAAUAAGAUAUACUGCCAAAAUCUCUGUCUUCUCUCCAAGAUGUUUCUGGAUCACAAGAGCCUGUUUUAUGACGUAGAACCCUUUCUAUUCUACGUGAUGACAGAGGUGGAUGAUAUUGGCGCCCAUUUCGUCGGAUACUUCAGUAAAGAGAAGCGCAGUCCGAAGGACUUCAAUGUCAGCUGUAUCAUGACGUUGCCAGUCCGCCAAAAGUCUGGAUGGGGAAACUUGCUCAUCGACUUCAGCUACCUGCUUACAGAGAAGGAGAAGCGGUAUGGAACACCCGAACGGCCUCUCUCUAAACUCGGAGCCAUUGCGUAUGGUCGAUACUGGCAAUUGUCGGUCUUCAAGUUUCUGAACCAGUGCUCCCCGAGUGACAAUAUACGUAUGGAAGACAUUUGUCGGAAAACGAGGAUGACACUCGAGGACGUCUUCAAUACCCUACGAACACACCAACUCAUCUCUCUGACCGCCCCUCCCACGCCUGCCCGUUCCAAGUCAGAAAGUCCUCGUAAGGACGCGAUUCAACGACAAAGCUCGAAAUCCAACCUGAACUCCAUCUACGACCUCACCGCAGUCCCGAAGAAUUAUGUCAUUGAAUGGGAUCGAAAGGCUAUCAAAGAUUAUGUGGAGAAGGUUGAGGCCAAGGGUCUUGCGACACUACACCCCGAGAAGCUCAACUGGACACCGUAUCUCAUUGGCAGAGCCCGAAAGGCAGAUUACCCGCCCAAGGAGGGGUCAAGAUCGUGGGAAGUCGAGCUCGAAGAUGUACCAGAGGCUCGAAUGCAUGCCUACACGCCACUGGAGCCAGUCGAGAGGCCUCCAAAAUCGAAACCUUCUGGCUUUGCAACUCCAAAGGCUGGAACUAUGACCCCAUCGGCAGCCGCCCACCCAGCAAAUCAAAGGAAGCGAAGAACAUCACCAUCCUCGACCAUCGGUGCGCUUUCGCAAGGGGAAUGGCCAGAAGACUUUCCGGAUGAGGACGAUGACGACGAGUUUCGCGAGGACGACUCGACCAGUCCAGAAAUGGCUGCUGCUGCGCGUCUGCGUAGGACACGCAAUGGCCGAACCCAGACGAGCAGGGAACCACUUUCAACAAAUGCAGAAGGCAGUGAGGAUGAAGCCUGGCGAGACACUCCGACAAAACCACGGAGAACCCGCUCUGGACGAACCCUCCGUUUGAGCCGAGACGUUGAGUCAGAGUCGGACUGGGAUCAGCGAGGUCCUCGUCUACGCACGAGGUCACAAAGCCACACUACGAGGAGCAGUCGUAGAGCGGCGUCGUCCAAUAUCAGUGUAGCUGGCCCGGUGUCGGAUACGCAUGAUGAUCACGACGGGUCUGAUGCCGAUGCAUACGAGGAUUCGCCAGAGCCGUCGACGUCUCAAUUGCCAAAGAAGCGGCCAAUUCGGGUCAUUGAUACGUCUGAGAGCGAAGAGGGGGAUACAACUGUACGCCAGGAGAGCACCGCUGCUGUCGCAAGACUUGGACGAAACGCCGAUGGGAACUCUCAGAGGGUUUAUGCUCUUUCUUCUGAAGCGGACGGAACUCAGCCGGUGCACAGCGAGAGGGCACAUACCAACGGUCUGACUUCAGACGAUCAGCUUCCGGACACUCCACAAGUCAUUGUGACCGAAGAGCACACACAGAACGGGGGGCCGUUAUUACAUGCAAACUCGUCUAUGCACAAUAUCAUGGACGCUAGAUGGAUGCCGAAUCUUGCGGCAGGCCAACCAAAGCUCCACCCGAACCUGACCACAAUUCCCACCGAACCCGAGGUCCCUCUAAAGUUGGAAACGUACCCCGCCUCGUCCGCGGCAUACCUGACGCCAGUCAGGCUAGAUAGAGUUCACCGAACGCCUUCAGAAGAUGCCGUGAUGACCGAAGUGGGAUUAGUAUGGCCAACAUCUGCGUCGGGUGAUGCAAUGGAGCUCGAUGGCUUUGGAGAGGGGGAAGACGAGGAUGCGGAUGGAGAGGAGGAUCCGACUUUUUUCGCGGCAACCUGA